AUGUUGACAAAAAACAAAAUUCUCACCUUGGCCUUAUUUAGCAUGCUGGUAUUCUUUUGUAUUGAUGACACUUUAAAAGUAAAACAACUCCUGAAAGAUCCUCGUCCUCUUUUAUUUUCCGUAUUUCAACAAGAAACCAACUGGGCGGAAUAUUAUGAUGACAUAUUUCGAAAAUAUAACAUACCGGUGAUGAAGAAGGCUUUUCCAAAAGUACCCUGUGAUGCAAAAAACACUACGUUAACUGAAAACAUGGAUAUUGUAUCAAAAUACCAGUUUACUGUCCCUCAAAAAUAUCUUCAACGAUUGUCACUCGACCAAAAUGGAAUUGACAGACUCUCUAAAGCAGUACUAAAUCCUGCGAAAUAUCCCAUCUUUGUUACUGCCGCGUCCAGCAAUCAUUACGGGGAAUCAAUCGCUAUGAUCAAUAAUUAUCACAAAUUAUUGAAUGUCCAUCCGGAAUUAAAGAUGAUCUAUUUCGAUAUUGGUCUUUCUGCAGAGCAACACAAAAAAAUGAAACUCUAUUGUAAAUGUGAAAUGCGAAGUUUUGAUUUCGAUCUUUACCCUAAACAUACUAAGGAGAAAAUGGGGUAUACAUGGAAACCGAUAAUUGUCCAGACUGUUUUGAAGGAUCACGAUUUCGUCUUUUGGAUGGACGCAUCUGUAAGAUUUAAUGGAAGGCCGUUAGAUGAGCUACGUCGACUCGCCAGAGAAAGAGGACUGCAGUUUAUUCCUGGAAGUGGUGCAGUUAUGCAAAGAACAUCAAAACUAACAUUUGACUUCUUCAAGGAGAAGCCGUGUGUAUUCAACUUCCCUGAAACUACCGCUACAACGUUUGUAAUAAGCAGGAACAGAUUUACGCUAGAGUACUUCAUGAAACCUUGGGUCUCAUGUGCUAGAACAAGUUAG